AUGGCCGCCGAGAGAUGCCGCAAUUCUGAUUCUGAUCGUCCGCUGGGUAGGAAGCGACGACGAAUCAUCAGUUCAGAUGCAAGGAUCAACAACCUCGGGGACGAUCUUCUCGUAGAGAUUCUGUUUCGCCUCCAUCCUAGAAUCGCCUGCCGCUGCAAGCUCGUCUGCCAGCUGUGGAGGUCCGUCAUCUCCGCCGCCUCCUUCAAUCGCCUUUUGGUUUCUCGCCUCCAGACCAUGAGUCCGAACGACCUCAAAUUGAUGGUCCUCAGCUUCAUCCCACCCAUGCCCAAUGGAGUUGAAGACCGAGACGCUCUCAAAGUCUUGGAUUGCGACAGGGACUUGGUUCUAUGCGGGUUUUGGGAUACAGAGAACAUGGACAAGAAGCACGGCAGGGCAUACUUGGUCUGCAAUCCGUUCACCAAGCAGUGGAAUGCUCUUCCGUUGGCGCCCAGGAAGUUAGCGGCCUAUCACUCCUCGGUUUCAAGGUUAGUUUGUGAACCUUCUGGAUAUCGGUUCCGGGUGGUGUGUAUGUAUGUUGUUCGGGCCUUUCCAUCGUCAAGUAUAAGAUUAGACUUGUUCUGUUCGGAGUCUGGAAAUUGGACCAAGGAUGCUCUUGUCCGUGACAGUCAUAGCAGAUUGUCUACAAAAAGUCUAGUUUCGUGCAAUGGGGAGUUGUUUUGGACGUAUUUUGAACCUCGUCCCAUGGAUGUUCAUCAAUCCCUGGCUGUGUUCAAUCCUUUCCGCCUUGAUUUGCCACCCACUUCCAUUGAUGUUUCUGCAUUCCUUGCAAAGCCUCAGUGGACUAGUACCGUCUGUCAAGAUGCCUUGCACUUGGUUGUACAAGAAAAUAAAUGUGUUCCUGUUCGUUUGAGCGUCUGGAGGCUGGGAAAAGACCGUAAAUCGUGGAGAAAACAAUGCGAGGGGCUGGUGAAGCUGAAGACAAAGUGUGGUAACUAUGAAGUUCGGGGCUUUUAUCAACCUUUUCUGCAUCCACAGAAGCCAGAAAUCGUCUUCUUCAAUUGGCUUGACAGCUAUAAAUUUGGCAAUGUUGUAUUGUGCUGUGAUUUGAGAAGGGGAGAGCUAGAGCUCUUCACUAAACUAGAAGAGAGACCGGAAGCCUCUCACUUUAUGUUGUUCAAUCCGAGGGCUUCUAGCUGGUUUACUCCAAUUCCAGAUUUCGACGAGGCACGAGGCAAGCAAAAGAGCGGUGAUCAGCCAACUUCCUCCUUCAAUAACGAGCAGUGCAGCAUUCGGCAUGGUGUUCCAAGUUCCAACCAAGAGUCUCUUCUUGCUGACUGA